AUGUUUCGUUACAAACAGAUUGCCAAUACUCCAUGGGUAAAGGGGCGAGAAACAAGAGGCAUGAAACCGUAACAAAUGAAGCUCAUCAUAUAGGGUUUGCAGUAGUAACUGAUGAAGAUUCUGAAACAGACGUUGCCUCAAUGCAACAAGAUGAUGCCAACAUUGAAGCUCUCACCAAUAGGUUCGACAGUAUCCUUGGGGUUGUCAAAAAUAUGUCUAUGCAACUUGAAGAAAUAUCAUGUGGUAUGAAGGGUCUAAUGAACAAGGGGAAGAAGAUGGAUGCUUGUGGCAUAUCAACUCGAGAAGUGUCUGAUAACUUAGAACUGGGGCGAGACAUCAUUGGAGAAUUUCAUAAUCUGAAACAGACGGGCUCUGUCGCGGAGUAUCAAGAGAAAUUUGCUGAGUUGAGAGACUUGUUGAUGACAAUGGAUUAUGGGCUUACAGAAGAUUAUUUCAUUUCCAGUUUCCUGAGUGGACUCAAGGAAGAAAUUAGACGUGUAAUCCGCAAGCCAAAACCAGAGACCCUUAUUCAUGCUUUCAACCUUGCACGCAUCCAGGAAAUAGCAAUUGAAGUGAUGAAACAGAAGUCAUUCUCUUCAGAAAUGAGGACCAAUUGGGAGCAAAACUUGCCUUGUGAAUUAGUUGAUGAUUUCAUUAAUCAUGGCCACGGUUCUAUGUUUAAAGUUUUAGUAGGAGAAAGGGACACAACAGUUAUAUUAUCUACUGGCGUUUCUUGUAGCUUCAUCGACGCUGAUGUAGCAAUUCAGGCAGGGCUUGAGAUGGAGGAGACUACACCGCUGCUUGUGAAUUUUGUAUUUGGUGGAUACCGAGCAGUCAGCAGAUUCAGAUGUCCAAGCCUCAGGUGGACCGUGCAAGGUCAUGAGUUCGUAACUGAUAUGAGAAUCGUGGAAAUAAGAGCAUGUGACAUGGUGUUAGGCGCGGACUGGGUUUCAAAUAAUUACCUUUUGUUGUUCACUGGAGAUAGGAUUGUCCUGCUAAAGAGUGGAAAGGAAAUAGUGUUGCUAGAUAAAACAGGAUCAGCUAAGCCUAAGAUCAAUAAAACGGAAGUAAUUGGAGAAGAAUGAUUGACUAACGCAGCUCCUGUGCUAGUAUGGUUAGUAGUAAUAGAAAGUGUUCUGUCUAAUCCUACCCUCCCGUGUGUAUGUACAGCUGCAUUCUUCCUUUCCCUCCUGUUACAAAUUUUCAUCAUAUCCCUGCAGUUCUUUUAUCUUAUUACCUCAACACUUCUCCUCUUUCCUAUGGGUAUUAAUCUGUGGCUAAAGGCUUACUUUCUAGUCAUUUCUCAUUGUGGCACGCCUGCAAAAGUGGAAUGGAGUAACAUACAGGCCAGUGUUGAUCUUAACAUCGUUAAAGAACUAUUUCUAGUUGCAUUGAUAAGGUGUUUCUUGAAA